ACAAUUUUCCUCCAAACCUGUUAAUACCGCGAGCAAAGAUAGGAAAAAAAAAGAAAAAAGAAAGAAAGAAAGGAAAGAGAUCGAGAUAUCUCCGCGAUUACAGGCAAAGGUGACCGCACUAUGGGCAGAAAGGGAGGUCGCCGGGGGGAGGCGGGCGAGGGAGGGUGGCAUCUGGUGGUGGAAGUGGCAUUAGGAAGGGGUAGGGCUGAACGCAUCCCUGCCAGACCGGCCACCUGCCUACCAACCCUGUCUGCUCCACCACGCUUCCCAGUAUUCGAGCGAUCGCUACUACUCGCGCACGCAAUUCCCCUGCUGGGAUGUGCGUAGACCGCGCCACCGCGCCGACACGCAUCGUACUACCGAAUUACGUGCCAGCCAACGUAGUGGCAACGUGCUCGAGGUGACGUGUCCGUCGCGAUACUCGCAAAGGAAAAAAAAAAAAAAAGAAUCUUCACCUGCCGCCUGUGCACGAGCAACCGCUCCAACAAUACGUUCGUCACGCCACCCAGCUAUGGAUCCGCCGGGAAUCACCGCUCUGGUAUCCCACGAGUGCCCCUGAACGACGCAACCCGCGCGUAUCUCUCGACGGAUUUGCUGCGGAUCUCGAAGCUCGACCGCGUCUCGACGCCCCUCCACGGGAUUUUAGAGCUUCGUGCGACACGUUGCGACACGUCUCUGUUGCCUCCUUGUUUCCCGGUGGUUUGGAAAUUUUGGGAACGAAGAUGGAUGAUGCCUCGUGCGCUUCGGGCCGCGUGAUACUCGAAAGGUGAUUAAUGACACACGGUGUGAAUUCGAGAGCCGCAUCAAUGUUUACCGGGUUUAAUAGGUCAAACGAGGAGCACUCUUGCGCUCGAGGCUCGCAGGCAACGGGUUGCUCGUUUCGAUUGCCCAUCAACGUCCCUCCUCUUUCGUUUAUCGCCACUGGGGACUUGUUAAGGACACUGUUAACGAGCGACGACGAGUUCGCAAGUUUCUCCCGGUCGAUCGUCGCGCGAUAAAGAAUUUCAGUGGGAAAAUUUGCAAUUUGGCAGGAAAAUGGGAUUACGUGUUCUCGAUAGAAGCGAUCAAUCAACCGAUAAGAAUGCAUAGCGUCGAGUUCCCGCGAUUCAGCUGACGAAGAAAUAUCCAUUUCAACUUUUACACGUGUGUACACGAGAAUCGAACGUGGUACUUAAAAAAAGUUUUGCACGCGUAUUAAUGAACUUGGUCGAUGUAUAUAUGUGGAAAGUGACUGGAUGCUUCAACAAUCGUUGACCCUAAAAAGAGAAAUUAACACAGAAAUGCGUCCACUUUGAUCAAAUUUAUCUUUAUCGAGCAAGUUAACGAGGUUCGAGGGAUGAGAAUAACACGAGUGAAUUAUCGAAUCUUCAUCGUGGAUACUCGGUGAUAAUUUAGAGUAGGUAGCUUCCUCUCACUUCCUUCUUUCUCUCUUUCUCUCUCUCUCUCUCUCUCUCUUCUUUCUCUCUCAGUUUCGACAACAUACUUGACACGAACACACGACCAUUGGUGUUCCACAACGAACGCUGCCUAACAUGGCUACGUGUUUCGACCAAGCUACGUUCAAGCUGGGACACAAAGGAACGAGGUCAUUAGGUACGCGAGAAGGCAGGAAGGGUCGAGGGAAGUUGGCCACGCGGGAACGAGUUACCCCGCCACUUCUGUCGAGUCCUUUCUUUCAUCGUUUCGUGAGAACGUCACCACGGUCAACACUUCGUAGUUCGAUCUCGACUGAUCUCCUCUCGAAGCCUCGAUCGUCUUCGCUCAAAUCUGGCAACGUCGAACGCUUGCUGGAACGAUUGCAACGGUACUAAUUCCGAUCUCGUUUGAGCGGAGCAAAAUAUCGAAUGAUCGAUCGAGCACUAAUUCACUAAUUCUGUCCAAUCGGUUGGAAGCGACGGUUGAACGAGCGAAUGAGUCUUGUUCGAGAGAAAGAAGAACUGAAUGACGCAAGAGUGGAAAAGUGUCGAGUUACGAUGGAGACAAAUCGAAUUCCACUUAAAUAUAGGUGUGUAACCAAGCACGAACCCACCGAUUCGUCGUACGUUGCUUUUUUAAUAACUGUCGUUAGAUAAUGUGCACGUGCAGUGGAUCGUUGAUCGGUUAAGGUGGAAAGUUCUUUGAGGCGGUCGCGGCGGAAAGCUCUUAUUCAGGGGCCGUCGAGCACGUUCUUUAUUCGUGCUUAAACGGGGAUUAAGUUCGAGGCGUUACAUCGAGGAGUUGGCCUCAAAUUCGUGGUAAUUCGAAAUGCGGAAUAACGGAUAGAGAGAUAAUUCGAAUUUUGAAAAUUAAUUCAAACGGAACACUUGAUGUUACGAAAAAAAAAACACGAAAAAAAAAAAGAAGAAUAUCGUUCUCAAUUAGAUGUCUCGAAGGCAAAUGAUCAAAAAUAAAGAUAGAAGAAUCUUUUCGUCCAAGAAGGAAGAAAUUAUCUUUACAUAUUUACUUGGAAAGGCUCGCUCGAAAACUCGUCGUUCAUCUUAAUAUAAAAUGUCAUUAAUGGUCUAAUAACUUCUCCAUUGAACCCCAUCGAUCGAGACCACAGAACGAUCCUCUCCUUCGAGGAAAAAUAUAUUCUCUACAUAGAUGGAUAGAUCCUUGGUUUUCCUUGUUCAAUUCAACCGAUCAUCAACGAACGAGCAAAACUUGGGAAAAAUCGUGGAGAAAAAUUUGAGAAACUUUUCGAAGGGAUGAAAGCGAACGUAAUAAAUACGUUUCCUCGGAACCCUGUCGGUCGCGAAGCAAAGUCGGUAAAGUAGAGAAAUCUAUCCUUCCUGAUCAGAGAUCUCGACGCUGUGCGCAAGAUGAAAGAAGAGAGAAGAUAAUCGGCUUCAUGUUGUCCCGAUUCAUUCGAGAUCUUUCAGUGGAUAGCGCCGUGGAAGAAAGAGGAAAGAAGAAGAAGAGGAAGGGGGAGGAGGAUUCUGGUGUCUCGACGGUUUUGUCUUGACCGUUCGGCCAGCGGGCCUUGGAGAAGUCCCGCGACGGUUCCUACUACAAAGUGGUCACAAUCGAGGCCGGUGAACGUAAUGUGACGCAGACAGGUGAAGAGAUGAUGACGGUGACUCCGUCCACCUCCGAUGUCGCUGACAAGGCAGUGUCCACGGACGAUGGUGGCAGUGGUAUGGAGGUGGCACGCCUCGAGGCCGUCCUCGCCGCCCUGGUGGAGACGAAGGUGGAGGCGAUCAAAGCGUCCUCGGCUUUGGGCAAGCGUUCUGGUAGCGCGCCGGCCAGCCCUCGCCGGCUCAGACUCACCUCAACGUCGACCGCCUCCUCCUCCCUUAAUCACCAACAUCGAAGGAAGAGUCAUCAUCAUCAUCACCACCACCAUCACCACCACCAUCAUCAUCAUCGUAGGAGGCACGACUCGGCGCCGUGCAACGACUUCAUCGACGACGCCACCGAUCAUCGGCACAACGGGCAUCAUGGUAAAACACGGCGGGGAGCGUCAGAAAGUCCACGACGUCCAAAAAAAAAGCGCAAACACUCGAAAAGCCCGCACAUCCUUCACGGUGUGAUCCAAGACGUCCCAGCCGGUCUUGAUUCACGUUUAGAGCUUUUUGGAAUGGAUGGUGAUCAAGAUCUCGCAUUGAUAAACUUUGAAAGGACUCGAGAAACUCUCAGCGAUUCCUGUGAAUAUCCACAGUUGCACCGAAGUGCCUCCUAUUUUCCCCAAAGUACUGCUCAAUUAAAGAUCCACUACGACGACGACGAUUACGUGGCGUUGAACGUAGCGGAUGAGCUGGAAGAAGAGGAGAUUUUGAGCGGUACCGAGAAGGUCGAGGCACCUCGGGAGAAGUAUCACCGGCCACGCAGAAAGAGGAAGCGGAAACGGCGCAAGAUUAACAAUACCGGCCCUCAAGAAGAGCUCGUCGAUCCUGAAGAACUUCCACCACGGGCGCGUUGGACGAUCGUGGCCACAGCUUGCCUCCUUCUCACCAUGUCUUUGCUCUUGGUCGGGGUUACCCUCAGGAUGGCGCCAAUCAUCGACGACAUGGUGCGCAGAGAAAACGAGGAGCUGUUGAAUUCCCUCAACAGAGUCUUCGUAACUGAAAACUCAACAAUGACACUCUGAAGAAACUGUUUUCUAAGGAAGACGAGUGGCCUGUUUUGAUGCGUCUUUCGAACAAGUUUGAAAUUGAGGCAAGAAG